UCUCUCUGAGUUAGGUCUCAUAAAAAUCACUUGUUUCAGCUUUCAUGGUGAACGCGAACCUCCAAUGGGCAGCCUAAUCAAUAAGCUAGCCAAAAAAACGACGCCAUCUCUGAGAAUCAUAGCAACAGCCAUCAAAACUCCGCUGCUAUUCAAUCCCGUCCUUCACUCGGCCAAACCAGAUUUCAUAAACAACUCAAUUCCUCCCUGCGACUCCCCUGCCAUAGAGAACAACCCAAUACUUCAAAGCCCUACUAAACCCCUGCAGUUUUAUUACCCCAAUUUCCCAUUUGGGUAUUGCUUAAACCCCUUUUCCAUGACUGGGUCUGAUCAAUUGAAAGCUAUUGGGGCUGAUUCUACUGGAAACGAUGCUGAUGAUGCGAGGAUCAUGUGGGCUGAUAGUGUGAAGAAGAAGAGGAAGAAGAAGAUGAAUAAACACAAGUACAAGAAGCUCAGGAAGCGUCUCCGACGAAAGGCAUAAUAGGCAUCUUGGUAAAAAUUCCAUGUCUUGCUGGUUCAUUGCCCUUGUUCCUUUCUAUAGUUUUUGAAUCAGAAUAUGAAUAUUCGCUUGGAGUACUAAUUUUUUAAGUAACUUUUGAGAUAGAGCAUCAUACAUUCAGAUUAUCAAACGAAUCAAAAUGGAAUUAUUUCUUGCU